AUGGGCAAUGCACCAACUUUGUCUAACUCUUCUCCCACCUCAUGCCAUUCGUCUCUACUAUCCACUACGGACGAACUGCACAAUACUCUACUUCGCUUUUGGCAACAAGAAGAGGUACCGCAGUGCAAUCUUAUCUCUGAAGACGAUCGCAUCGCUGAAGAUCACUUCAAAUCAACUCACUCUCGCUCUCCAGAUGGAACAUAUGUUGUUCGACUCCCUUUCAAGGACCAACAUCAACCACUGGGCACCUCAAAAUCUGCUGCUGAACAUAGACUUCACUCAAUUGAACGAAAGUUUGAAUCCAACUCUAAUUUCAAGGAGUUGUAUACACAGUUUAUGACUGAAUAUGAACAUCUCGGACACAUGGUCAAAGCAUCCCCUUCCGAUCUUUCGCAGCCACACUACUAUUUGCCUCAUCACGGUGUACUGAAGGAAACCAGUAGUACAACCAAACUUCGUACAGUUUUUGAUGGUAGUUGCAAAACCAGUACCGGUGUCUCACUAAAUGAUAUUCUUUUAACCGGUCGCAAACUUCAAAUUGACAUUUGUGACAUUUUGUUGAGUUUUCGUUCACAUAAUUAUGUGUUCAGUUGCGAUAUAAGGAAAAUGUAUCGUUGCAUUCAAGUUCAUCCUGACGACCAGAAGUAUCAGUUAAUUUUAUGGCGUGAUCAAAAGACUCGAGAAAUCUCCACAUACAAAUUAACGACAGUUACCUACGGUCUAAGCAGUUCACCUUUCCAUGCCAUCAGAACGUUACAUCAACUUGCUGACGACGAAGGAAAGUCCUUCCCAGCAGCAGCCAAAGUUUUACGGGAUAAUACGUAUGUGGAUGACGUCAUCUGUGGAGCUCAUACUCUCAACGAAGCUAAAGAACUACGAGAUCAGCUGAUUGAACUUCUUGCACGUGGUGGUUUUGAGCUAAGAAAAUGGACAUCCAAUUGCCCAGAAAUACUCCAAGAUUUGCCUCAAGAUCAUCUAGAAACACCAGUCUUUUUGGAAGCCACUAAUCACCCUCAUUUUGCCAUUCUUGGACUACAUUGGUCACCCAUUUCAGAUUGUUUCACUUACAACUUAAGUCUCCCUGAUGGUCCUCCUACAAAACGAUCAGUGCUGAGCAUUAUAGCACGCAUUUUCGACCCUGCCGGAUUUUUGUCACCCGUGACCAUGUGGGCAAAAACCCUCAUGCAAAUACUCUGGUCACAGGGUAUCCAAUGGGAUGACACUCUUCCAAAUGAACUUGCCGAAAAAUGGCACAUUUUCGUUGAUGAAACCUCUCUCCUUUCAAGUAUUAAGAUCCCUCGCUCGUUCCAUUUCACUACCACAUGUUCCUUACAACUCCAUGGAUUUUCAGAUGCCUCCGAAGUAGGAUACUCAGCAGUCUUAUACUUCCGCUGUGAGUUUUCAACUGGAGAAAUCAUCACUCGUCAGAUUCUCGCAAAAACACGUGUAGCUCCUUUGAAACGUGUUACUCUACCCCGCUUGGAACUAUGUGGUGCACACUUACUUGCAAAACUCACAACUUACUGUUGUACAAUUUUCAAAGAAAAGAUUGACCUUUCUCAAACUACAUUGUGGUGUGAUUCAUCAGUAACCCUCACUUGGUUACACACCCCCUCAUAUCGACUUAAAACGUAUGUUGCCAACAGAGUUGCUCAAGUCCAAGAAUUGAUCCCCUCUCACUCCUGGCGCUACGUUCCCUCAACAGACAAAUCAGAAAAUCAGAAAUCAGAAAAUCUUUACAACCCCGCUGAUUGUGCGCCACGUGGUUUGCUUCCCGCUCAACUCAUUGAUCAUCCUCUAUGGUGGAAUGGCCCUCCAUGGUUAACUCUUUCAGAUGAUCAUUGGCCAUCUAAUCGCUUCGUUCCCAUCAACUUGCAAGACACUCAAGAAUGUAAAACAACUCCUCUAAAUGUCCUAGUUUCAACCCAACCUCCAGAAUGGGAUCUUCUCUCCAAGUACUCAUCGUGGUCCAAACUACUUAGAGUAACAAGCUAUGUCUUGCGGUUUAUCCACAAUGCACGUAGCUCUGACCGAAGACAUGGACAUCUCACCGUCUCUGAACUUAAGAACUCAGAGCGUACCAUCAUCAAGUGUGUACAAGCUACAUGUUUUACGAAUGAAUUGACUCUACUUCACAAAAACAAACCCAGUACCUCUAAUCUUCAACGUUUAGACCCUUUUCUGGAUGCUUCCGGCACAAUUCGUGUGGGAGGCCGGCUUAAGAAGCUAUCGCUGAAAUUCAACGUCAAACACCCAAUAGUACUUCCAAAGAAGCACCAUAUCGUUGAUCUUCUCAUAGACUUUGUCCACACUACUCACUUACAUUCCGGACCACAACUGACCCAAGCAAUCCUUUGCCAAAACUAUUGGAUUCUUUCGGCUCGUCGAGUCAUACGGACACGUAUUCAUAAAUGUGUAAAAUGUUUCAAAGUGAAACCAAAGAACAUCACUCCACUCAUGGGAGAUCUUCCUACCGCAAGAGUAACUCCAGCUCGACCAUUCACUACCAGUGGCGUUGACUAUUGUGGCCCUUUUGACAUGAAAGUUGUCAAUCUCCGCGGAAUGCGUCAUAUCAAAACCUACAUCUGUGUUUUUGUUUGUUUUGUGACAAAGGCAGUGCACUUAGAAGUUGUAGAAGAUUUAACAACUGAGGGAUUCAUCGCUGCACUCACACGAUUCAUCUCCCGAAGAGGAUUCUGUAAAGAUAUCUAUUCCGACUGUGACACGAACUUCGUAGGCGCUCAUUCUGCACUGCGUCGAACAAUCAAAAACACCCUGCGCUUUAAAGAAUCUGAAGAACAACUAUUGCAUUUCACUUCAUCCAGGAAAAUAAAUUUCCAUUUCAAUCCUCCUGCUUCGCCCCAUCAAGGUGGUCUAUGGGAAGCAGCAGUGAAAAGUGUCAAAUACCAUCUGCGCCGUGUCAUGGGUGAACACAUUCUUACUCUCCUAGAAUUCAUGACUCUGACUACACAAAUAGAGGCAAUCCUCAAUUCCCGUCCUUUGACACCAUUAUCUAACGACCCUAAUGACUGUUCAGCACUCACUCCAGGACAUUUCCUCAUAGGAUCUCUGCUGGCAUCAAUUCCAGAAGAAGACCAUGCUGAUAUUCCACUAACUCGGCUCAAAAGAUGGCACCUAGUACAAGCUCUCCACCGAAGGAUUUGGAAGCGCUGGCAACUAGAGUACCUUCAUACACUCCAGCAACGAUCCAAGUGGACUCAUAAGACAGAAAACAUAAAAGUUAGAGAUCUAGUCUUGAUCCACUCUUCAUCGCCUCCUUUGUCCUGGCCCCUUGCCCGUGUCACACAGUUGCAUCCUGGCACAGAUGGACAAGUCAGGGUUGUUGAUCUGAAGACUCAACACGGUUACCUUACUAGACCAGUUGUUAAAGUGUUCCCUCAAAACUAA